GUAGCCGAAAAGAAGCUACUGUUUGCCGUUCAUUUGUCUGGUGGUUGAGUUCGUCAGCCAUUGAAACUGUUGAGUCCUAAUUUUUGUAGUCGUACUACAAAGGAUUUGUCUCUGAUGCGAGAACUUACUUUAGUAUUCUGCAUGAAGUACAUUAUAGAUUCGUCCGCUGCAAGAUUAUGGUACAGCUAACGAGACAGUGUGUUUGCGCUUUGUAGCUCGUAGUAGUUACUAUAGAUGAUGUGAUGUAUGUCAGCACAAGGAAGCUGUGCGUCCUAAUAGUAGGAUACGGAAAAGGUGCCAGAGUGUGGCAGAGAGGAAAGGGAACUCGAUCGGUGCGGUGUCGGAGCUCCUCGCGUGGGGCACAGGUGCCGAUGUUAGUGCUGUGUACCGGAGGUGGUAAAGUAGAGGCACACGGUGUAAUACUGGCUGCCAGAAACUCUGUUGUCACAGCUGUGCUGGUGUGGCAUGAUACAGCAGAAACUGCCAGUGACUGUGUCCACAUACUGGACAUAGAGACCACCGCUGUGAACCACCUUGUCCGUUACGUGUCUGUGGUACAACUAUUGGCAGCUGCAGACAAAUAUGACCCCCAUCUCCUAAAGGAACCUCGUAAAGACAGGACUCUCUGGAUGUGUGGAGGAUGAAAGACUGGUGAGACGGGGUGGCCAGCUGCCCACAGAUUGUGGCAGAGGUGUUACAGUUAGUGGAAGCAAAAAUCAGUGGCUAGCAGUCAGCCGAGUGCAGUUCUUUCUUGACACCUAUGAAGCCACUAGAAUGACUGACUUUUUGGGCACCACGCAGAUUUCUCAAGCGCAGUAGGACGCAUGAGAAGGGGACAGCCAACCGUUGCCCUAUUCACCACCCCCACUGAU